AUGGCGGAUGUCCGCGCUCUACUGAAAGCAAAACGGCAGGAAAUCCGAGUGAACCACCCGUUUGCUUCAUACAGUACAAGCGGCCAGCUUCGCUGUGUUGCAUGUGGCACCAUCGUCAAGGAGGGAUCCUCCUGGAACGGGCACAUUGGGAGCAAGGCACACCGGCUGAAUGCGGCGCGUCUGAGGGAAGAGGAGCAGAGGCGGCAAGAGCAAGAGCGGCAGGCAGAGCUGCAGCGCCAGAAACGCACGGCAGCCGAGGUCGAGGACGCGGAAGAACUCGACGCCAAACGGCGGCGGACCAGCGAGCCCGAGGACGACGAAGAGGGUGGUGACGAGGGCGAGGACGAAGGCGGGCGCGCGUCCCCGGCUGCCAGACCGACGACCGGCUUUCCGGCCGACUUCUUCUCGGACCGCGCGCGCGCGCCCCCGCCGCCCUCCUCUGACGACGGGUCGGGCGGCGAGGACGCACCCGCUGCGCCCGUAGCCGCGCCUGCCGAAGCGUCCGCCAUCGACCAGGAGUGGGCGCGCUUCCAGGCGGCGGUCGUCAACGCGCCCGACACACACGAGACGUACGAGCGCGCGACCGUCAUGGCGGAGCCCGUGCUGGCCGCGGAGACGCCGGAGGGCUUCCCGCCGGCGGAGGCGCAGGCGGACGCGGCGGGGGAGACGCGGGACGUCGUGGACGAGGGGGCGCGGCGGCGGCGGAGGGAGCUGGACGAGCGGGAGCUGAUCAUGGAUCGGCUGAUGGAGGAGGAGCAGGCGCAGGAGGAGGCGGACGCGAAGGUGUCGGCGCUGAAGGCCAGGCUGGAGGCUCUGAAGCGGCAGCGACAGGCGGCGCGCGCGGCCAAAACAAAAUCUGGAACGCAGUAG